AUGGAUGUGUACCAGAUUUACUCAAACGCGAGACUUUUAUGUUAUUAUUUUGCCGGUUUGUUUUUAUUAUUCAUUAUUUUUCGAUACAUAAUAAAACGUAUGAUUUUCGUGCAAGGUUUAUCGCCUAUACCUGGACCAUUUGGAAUUCCUCUGUUGGGUAAUUCAUUGUCUCUUACCGGAGGACAAGAUGAUUUUUUCAGGCUUCUUUUAAAUUAUAGAAAAAUUUACGGAUCAAUUUUUAAAUUGUGGAUAGGUAUGAGACCUUUCGUAUUUAUUUCUGACGCACAAUAUGUUAGCCCAAUAUUGAAUUCUAGCCUUCACAUAGAUAAAAGUUAUGAAUACACAUUUUUACAUCCCUGGUUAGGAACGGGAUUACUCACGGCAACAGGUUCUAAAUGGCACAGUAGAAGAAAAUUAUUGACACCAACUUUUCAUCACAGCUUAUUAGAAGGUUUUAUACAACCAAUAAUUGAAAAAAGUAAAAUCCUCAUAAGUUUAUUGGAAAAUGAAGUAGGUCAACCGCCAUUCGACGUGCUUAAAUAUACUAAAUUGUGUGCUUUGGAUAUUAUAUGUGUAACGGCCAUGGGUAAAGACGUAAACGCUCAAUUGUGUCACGGUACGGAAUACGUUCAAGCAGUCGAAGGGCUAAAUAAAAUACUACAGAGAAGGUUUAUAACUCCAUGGUUGAAACCAGAUUUUAUUUUUAAAAGAUGUCAAUUAGGUAGACAACAGGAAAAUUACAUAAACACGAUUAAUAAUUUUGUAUCACAAGUUAUAGAAGAUAAAAAAAAUGAAUUGAAAAAAACGGAAACGGAAUCCGAACAAAAAUCUACUAGUAAACAUCCGGCAUUUUUAGAUUUAAUUCUUAAAACAAGAAAAGAUGGGCAGGCCCUAUCGGACAACGAUAUAAGAGAAGAAGUCAACACUUUUAUGUUUGCCGGUCACGACACGACUUCUGUGGCCAUAAGUUGGUGUCUUUUUGCUUUGGGUAAACAUCAAUCGAUACAAAAAAAUAUUUUAGAAGAAUACGAAACUGUUGUUAAAAAUAAAAUUCCCACAUUUGAUGAAAUACAAAAACUUGAAUAUUUAGAAAAUUGCAUAAAAGAAACUUUAAGAUUAUAUCCUGUUGUACCUCUCAUUGCAAGAGACAUAAAACAUAAAAUUGACAUUGACGGAAAAACACGUCUUUUACCGGGUGUAACUGCUCUCAUAUUUACACCUUCCCUACAUAGAGACUGUAAAGUUUUUCAAGAGCCAAACGAGUUCAUGCCUGAUAGAUUUAAAGAAAACAAAACAAGAAACCCAUUUUCCUACAUUCCUUUUAGUGCGGGUCCCAGAAAUUGUAUAGGUGCAAAAUUUGCCAUGAUAGAAGUAAAAAUAGUUUUAUAUAACAUUCUUAAAAAUUACGAAAUAAUAUCUGUAGAUUCAGAAAAAGACUUAAAUUUAAUGUCCGAAAUUGUUCUUUCGAAUAAAGAAGGUAUACGAAUUAUAUUGGAAAAAAGAAAAAGAAAAAUUUGUUUAGAAUAA